GUUUAAAUGGAUAAUAUUUUAUUGCUAUGUUUGCGAAGUUAUUGAUCACGAUUCGUGGAAUCAUCUUGAAGUUGAAUCACGAAAGAACGUGAGACGCUUUCCAAAUCAGGUAUAUGUACAAGACGGAGAUAGGGAUCCGAGUCCGCGGGGCCCCGUAAAAUCCCAUGAACUCCAGGCCUGAGGUCAUGGAUGCGCAGGAAGACAGUUUGAGGAAGCAAUUCUCGACUAGUUGUAUUUAGGAGCCACCUUGGAAGAAAGGGUCGUCAGUUGGUUGCUCUGUGUGGCUGUGAAGCGUCUUCUGUUGCUCAUUUUCAUCGGAAGUCUUCGUGUUUCGUCGGCAGUUUUACGUUUAACAUGAAGCUCGUAUUAUUAGCCGUUUACUUGACUGGCGUCUCCAUUUGUUCAGCCCGUCCGAAUGCUCCAAAUGUUGAAGAAACCGCGGUCAGCGUAGAAACGUCCCACGAUGCAGCUGCUGAUCCUUCUCAUGGUUCACCAUUGCCGUUAGAACGAGACGCGAUUAACAGAGAUUUAGUCGGUGUAAAUCAGCCUGAAUAUAGCGCCUCUGAACCACAAGCAGUUGCGUCGGACUUGGCCGACACUCAGAAAGCCAUAGAUACGGAAAACGACUCAACUACUGAACAGGAGUUGUAUACUGAGGUGACAACGGAAGAGACGUCCCUUGCUGAUGAAUCCACGACAGGGCCGACGGUUUCUGCUGUUCCUUUAUUUGAAGAGCACAAGGAGCGGGAUCGACUGCCGGUUGACUUUCUAGCUGGAACAAAUUCUGUCCCAAAUGAACAACCUAUUGCUGGCCUUGUGCACUUGUAGAAUGCCAUGUAGAUGCGGAUCUAACAAUUGACUCAACUUUUAUGAAUAAUUUUAAGCAGGGUGCAAUAAUCCUGUUCUUGUACUGAUAUUUGAUGCUGCAUGAAAAUGGGUAUUGUCACGCUUGAUGCGCAAGAAAAAUAAAACUUUGUGAAAGUACAGGAAA